UGCGGAUAUGGGCGGCUUGUGAGUGGUCCAAAGGGUUCCCAAUCUGGAGACAUCAUGAGGUAGACUCUUCUGUUUUUGUAUAUUUUAGUGAGAUUUUCCAUGUCUUUGUCCAUUUCCUUCUCUUUGGUAACUUUUUGUCAAUAAUGAGAGCUAUUUGGCGGCUGCAACACUGUAAAAACGUUAAACCUCUAAACAAGAUCAAUUCUCAGACGUUGCCACUUGGGCCGUUUUCGAUACCCUCUUUACGUUUUAGGGUGGCUAUAUCCGAGAAAUCUCGUAUCUCAACUGCUUCUUUCUUCACAUCUUCAAGUAAUCACCAGCAAAGAGUCAUGUCUGAAUCAAAGCCUCAAGAAGAGGCAAAGCAUGUCGAUAAUGUUGAGACAAAGAAGGUGGAGGAGUUACCACCGCUGUCGGAUCAUGAGUUUAAGAUCUAUAACCGAGCGGCCGACCAUAUGGAAUAUUUUCACAACAACUUUCGAAGAUCAUGGAACCUCCUAUGGAAUGCCUGCACCAACAACCGUCGACCCCAAGGCAUGUCACUAAAGCAGUUCAUCAUGGAAGGUCUCCAAUUUGCUGAACAUCUCACCAUGCACCACAACAUCGAGGAGACGUACAUCUUCCCCGUGCUAGCCAAGAAGAUGCCCGAGUUCCGAGGAGGACGCGCUGAACUUCUCCGCCAGCACAAGCAGAUUCAUGCGGGUUUGGAUCACUUUGAGGAAUACCUCAAGAAGUGCAGGACAGGAGACGAGGAGUUUGAGCUCAGUGUGCUCAAGUCCAAGAUGGAGACUUGGGGUGAGGUGCUGUGGAAGCAUCUGGACCAAGAGGUUGAGACAUUGGGGGCGAAUAAUAUGAGGAAAUACUGGAGCAAGGAGGAGAUGAUGAGGUUACCCAUGUGAAAGAAGCGUAUGUAUUGUUAUUUAGCUGUGCUGUUGAUAUACGUUCCGACAUAUAAAGAGCAGAAUGUGCUAUGUGUAAAGGAUUAGAGAAAUACUUGAAGCUGUUAGGGGAUGUCUAUGUGAAAGGGCUAUGAAGAUUUCGGUGUUUGGCCUCCAAAUUCAGUUUAAAUAUAUAAACAACUUUUCAG